AUGUCCGCCAUCCCCAUGUCAGUGACGGCCAUUGCGGCUUUCCCAACACGUCUGCCGCCGCCACCGUCCUAUUCGAAUUCGUCUUCGGGCCAUUCCUUUUUCGGACCACCCGACGAUCUGGUUGUCAUCUCUGCUCGACGCGUCAACUCAAUCCUGCCGCCGCUUAUCACAGCAUCCAUGGCACUCGGCUUGGUCGUUUCGGACUGGUCGAUCCAUCUGCCGUGGGAAUGGAAGCUUCUCUCCAGGCGUAAGAAGUGGAAGCUCUCGCACAUCGCCUACUUUGCGUCACGCAUCGGCGGACUUGGCUACGCCAUUACCGCGAUGCUUCAUUCGGUCGUCGGAAACGUAGCGGGAGGACCGAUGGAGCUGGGCGCAGCCAGAUGGGAUUACGCCAACUUUGCCUGCCAAGCCGAUCGCCGAGCCAGCAUCUUCUUCUCGCUCCUUUCGAUCGGUGGCAGCAGCGGCAUCCUCCUGCUUCGCUGCCUUGCGCUGUAUCGGUUCCACAUCGUCGCCGUCAUCUCGCUCGGACUGUUGUGGCUCGCAACGCCUGCAUUCCUCAUGGUCAAUAUCUUUGUGCUUAGCAGCCAGAGCAGACGUAACGGCAUCAGCGCUUGCGAUCCUUCUCCACCGCGAAAGUUGGGUGGCAAUCCGAUCAUCUACAUGAUGCCAUGGUUCGUCCUGCCCAUCUUCGACUCGACCAUCCUAGCGUUGUCGCUCUACGGCCUUCGACGCGCUUCGCACCGACGACGCAGCUCGCCGCUGGAGCGCAUGUUUCGUAAGGACAACAUCUUUUACUACUUCAUCGUCUUUCUCUGCGUCAUCCCGAUUCCCAUCUGGUACGUGUGUCAGCAGCGCGAUGGUCGCAUGAUGCCGUAUCUCAAUCUCUACAUCGGACUGUCGAGUAUCCUGUCAUGCCGGAUGUUCAUUAACUUGUGGAAGGCGAUUGGAAGAGAAUUGGCGUUGGCACACACAUUCAGCAGCAAUGUGCAUGACCAGUACCGCAUCGACUCGGCGAGUAUGGAGCAGGCCACAGCGGGGCUCGUCGCGUCGCAGGUCAGUCUGCCCACGUCAGCGACGAGCCCACGGCCUUCCGACUCAUCUCCGACCGAUCGCAGCACGGAUGGUACUCCACCAACAAUAUGCGAAAAGGCGCUACCGUCGCCUUCCUCCAUCGACCUCAGGACUACCUCGGUCGAUUCGGACGCUGUCUCGAUAACGCAGAGUCUCAACGAGACGCGGCUUCGCAGAAUCGUUCCGGACUGGACCGAUGUUGAUCCCGACCUCGCUUUCAGUCUGAAUGGUGACUUUUACGGCGAUGUCAACUCGAUUUCGUAUGAUUACCAAUCGAGACAGAUGCACUCGACACCUUAUUGA